CCAUAGGAGUGUGAAGGACUUAUUUCACCGCUGCACCACGACGGAAAAUAAGCAUGGCCGUACUCUACAGAUGAGAGAGGUGGAUAGUUCACGAAAACCAAAGCAAGUGUAUAGCGUAGUUGAAACGCACUGGAGUUGAGCUGAAUCCGAAUACUCACUGGACCUCGGACCCAGCAUGGCUUGUCGCUCUGUGUGCCGAGUCUUCCCAGUCAGGUUGGCGUCCAACGCGGCGGUGUCCCGGCCGUCGGUCGCGGAGCUGCUGGGGUGGCGCAGCCAGAUCUUCUCCCGGGAGCAGGCGAAGCAGCGGGCCCUGUACCCGCGCACGGAGAAGAUCGAGGUGACGCUGGAGGGGCCGGGGCUUCAGGGCACAGUGCUCAUCAUGAACCGAGGCGUGUCCACUCCCUACAGCUGUGCCCGGCAUCUGACCGAGUGGCACGUCAGCACUGCUGCCUUGGCCCUGGUCGACGGGCAGCCUUGGCCCCUGCACCGGCCCCUCACCCAGUCCUGCACCCUCUCCCUGCUCUCCUUCAAGGACCAGGACCCCCAGGAAGUCAACCAGGCGUACUGGCGGUCGUGUGCCAUGAUGCUGGGACAGGUCCUGCAGGCUGCCUUCAAGGAGGAAUUCCUCGUGGAGCUGCUGAGGAGCCCGGAGCUGCCAGUGAUCUCGGGGGCGUUCUGCUGCGACGUGGUCCUGGACUCUCGGCUGGACUCCUGGACGCCCUCAGAGGAGGACCUGCGCUCUUUCGGCUGCGACGCCCAGCGCCUCAUCCAGCAGGACCUGCCCUGGGAGCCGCUGGAAGUGCAGCCCGCCGUCGCCAUGGAGAUCUUCACUCACAGCCGGACUAAACGGGAGGAGGUGGAGCAGAGGACAGCUGAGAGCCCCACAGGCACAGUCACACUGUACAGGUGUGGGGACCACGUGGAUGUGAGCGGAGGCCCCCUGGUGGCCAGGACGGGGCUGUGCUCUCAGUAUGAGGUGACAGCGCUGCACAAUCUGGGACCAGGGCCUUGGGGCCUACACCGCCGAGCACAGGGUCUGUCUCUGCCACUGCAGCUACAGGCUCACCACACUAUCUGGAGGAGGCUGAAGAAGAGAGCAGAACAACUGGUGGAGGUACCCCCGGUGCCCAGUGCCACACACCCCCAGGCGCCCACGCCUGCACCUGAGGUGUAGCUCAGCCAGCUGCCCCACUGUGUCAGUGAGGGACCCUGUGCCCUAGCACUUGGGCUCAGAUGGUCUCUGUACUGGAGCGUCUGCAGUCAGGGCCUGCUCUCCGGGUUUCACAGAGUCUGCUGUGCUGGAGGCAGUCAGUUUCAGUUUCUGGAUGCUGUACUUGUGCACACCUCUCUGGGGCAAACAAAGGUCCCCUAUCCCAAACAACACAGCAUCUUCAAUACUGUGUUCUGUAUAUCUUUUGUGCGUUGGUUUGUUUUUGGCUUUCUAAUACAUUGUAUUAAAAAAAUGGGAAAGGAG